ACGUUUAUCGGCCGUCAUUGCAAGGGCUACAUAUUGUUACAUACGUGAGAAAUCAAAGGUGAUUUGUUUUCAUUUUUGUACAGAGUUCCCACCUACAUCUAGUAGUCAUUUUUUGACUUUUGUCUACAUAUGGAACCAGUUAGUCAGUUCGGAUUUUUGGUUUGAAUUGAUCUCGUGAUAGAAAAAUACCAAGGUUGGAUAGGAUGACAUGAUUAGCUUUGGAAAUUUUAUUGCUUAAAGAAGAUGUUCGAACAUUCAAUUAAAGUACCCAGGCACUACAAAGUUGCAGCAAAUAUUUUAAAGAAAGUUUCAACUGAAGGCGGCAGCGUUAAAACUUUACUAUACGAUAACAAACUCCGUCACUUUGUCCGUUACUGCAAGUAAUUUAAAGCAACAAAAAUGGCUGAUAACUCAGAGGGACCGCUUAUACCAGCACAUACGAAACGUGCUACAUUAGUUUUAGCAAAUCUUUUUUUGUAUAGUGUGGCUAUGUUUACACUACCCUUUAUUGUAUUUUUUGGCAUCCGUCAUAUCCUCACUGAUGUGUAUCCUGUAGAUACCUUUACAAGAACUGUUUGGUCAGUAGUAGGGGCAGUUGUAGUUGUAAAUGUUAUUAUAUUUGUGUAUGCUUACAAAGCAUACCAUGAGAAGGAAUAUGAUGAACAUGGAAAUGAAGUUGAUCAGCAUUCAUACAAACCUGUUACAGAAACAGAGAAAAGUUCUUUAAAUUUAAAACAGGAUUGAUACAAGAGUUUUAUUAGUGGAUUUAGACAUUCCCAAUAAUUUACAGUAUUAUUUGACAUAUUUUUAUCAAUAUAAUUAUUUAAUGUAGAUUACAACAAACUGUAAUGUUAACCAU